ACCAAACAAUAACAACCAAACAGUUUGAGUGAGUGUUUAAGCAGUUGAUCGUUUUAAAUCAGAAACAACUUUUUGUAGGGUACCUAACUUAAUUCUAAUGAAAAAUCUUGCUUCGUCAAAUCCUGAAAUCCAUUUCAAGGAGGUGGGCUUCAAUGAGUUACCGGCAAUACUAAGUAAUUUGAAGAAAGACUGGCCACACUCUAUUCACACAUACUAUUUUUUGCUUAACUUUGUAAACUGGACUAAGCAACACUGGAAUGGAGAGUUCAACUUUUACUGUCCUGAUGUGGGUUCAAGCACCAAGAGUGUUAUGGCUGUUGUCAAGUUCAAGGAUGGUCAUACUUUUGUCCAAUACCACUGUCUGGAUGAAGUGAGCUGCAAGAGUAUUCAUAAAGCCAUUAAACAUACUAAUGUCCUACAUUGGGAUCAACUUUUGAUUUUCGAAGCAAUACAUGAAAGACUUGUUCCAGGCUUACAAGAAAUUAUUCAAGAAAAAGGUCUAAGAGUGAUAAAAAAUGACAAAUGCUUCCAAGUCUGGAUGCCUCCAACCAGAGUGAGGAGUUUGAACGAGUCACUGCCACCCCAGAUAACUCUAUGUUCUUUGGAUGGAAACCACACACAACAAAUCCACAGAUACUGGGGAUAUUCUGGACCAGGAACUGAAGUAAUAGUCAGAGAUAGUCUUACACUGAACGGUGGUCUUGGUCUCAGAAUUGGCAAAAACCACAGUUAUGUAGGAUGGUCAGUGGAACAGCAUUAUGGGGGGAUAGGCAUGUUGUAUGUUCAUCCGGAGUAUCGAAGACAAGGAUAUGCUGCAGCGUUGGUAAAAACUAUGGGAAAACAAGCUGUUCUCAAAGGAAUUGAUCCUUUUGCCAUUAUUGAAGAAAACAAUAAUAUGUCUAGAAAUCUAUUUGAAAAACUCCACUUUGAACAUAUUUGUACGGUUCACUGGAUUGGAGUACAGGCAGGAUAG